UACGAUGCGCCAGAGCGGUAUCAGGCGUAACCUCGCGACUUGUGGAAGUUUUAUUAUUUUUCACGGCGUCGCGGAUAUCUGCGGAGUGGAAUCGACCGUUGGAGAUCGCAGGGCACAGUCUCGCGACUCACACAUAUAAGUCUCACCAUGAAGUUUACCGAGGGCGAAGAGGUUCUUGCUAAACAUCCGAAUACCUCCGAGUAUUACAAAGGGAAGAUUCUCAAUGUCAGAGGCGAUCGAUACAGGAUACAAUUUGAAACAGGCAUUCAGCACACGGUCAGAGAGACUGACAUAAAGGCUGAGAGCAAAAGCAGCUCGACUAGAGCAAGCAGGAGAAAGAGCCCCUCGAGACAAUCGCCUAGCAGGAAGUCGCCAAGUAGGCGAUCGCCAGGAAGGCAGUCGGCCAGGUCGCCCGCAAGAUCGCCAACGAUGUCGUCCAGGAAAUUACCUAUUCGUAGCGCGCGUCUCGCCAAGAUAUCUCUAUCUCGCAUAGACGUCGAGGGCGACAAAACGACAAAUCAUAAAGGAGGCGACGCAAAGUCAGAGAGCUCGACUGAAUCGUUGCCUCUGCAGCAACGCUUGAAGAGGGAAAUGAUAACAGUGACGCGCAGACCGACGCUUCUAAAGUCUGAUCAGGAUUAUAGAUCAAUACUAACAAGAAGUAUCGAUAGAGCCGUCUCACUUCCGGCGGAUAGGAAAAACUACGUACAAGAUUAUCCUCCGGGGGAAAAAGAGAGAGGAUAUUCAGUGCAAAGAGAUCAAGAUUUGGGGAAACCCUUGUAUGAAGGCGAAACAUGGGAUACGGUGGUGAAACGUGAGAAAGAGAUAAUCAGAGUCGACAAACCGCAGGAAUGGGGCGGAUGGAUCGGGACAUUUUUCCUCGUAUUUAUACUACCGAUAUCUGUAAUCACACCACAACUCUUGUGCUCAAAAGGACAAUGCAAGUCUGCGCUUGUAAAACUUUCUGCCGACGUGAAGUCUUAUAUAAAUUUAUACACACUGCUGUCUUACGCUGCAUUUUUGGCAUUAUUGGCUUGUAUUUCGAUCAUACCGAUUGGGAAAAGCAUAGAUGGACAGCAGAGUAAACUUGGGAGACUCCAAUAUCGCGUAAAUGGCUUUUUGUGCGCCAUAGUGGCACUGUCAGGAUUUCCUUUAUGCAUAUAUUUGAAUAUACCGAUCAGUGAUUACAUCCUGAAUAAUGUUGUACAAUUGUCAAUCAGUGGCUGGAUUGUGGGAACGAUUUUAGCUCUGGGAUUGUACAUCAAGGCAGGACGAGGUCCAGUAACUAAUCUGAAUAUAUACGCCUCAACCAACAGCAAGAUAUAUAAUUUUUGGCAGGGCAGAGAGAUUAAUCCGCGAAUUCGCGCUUUGGACGUUAAACUGCUGCUAAUACGAGCUUCUCUCAUCGGCACGUUGAUCGCGAACACAGCCAUUUUGAUUAAGGUUGUUGGCGAUGGAAAGAAUCCAAUUAAUAAGCUUGAUGUAGCUGCAUUGUUAGCUUCCGUAUUGCAGCUGGUUUAUGUCGGAUAUGGAUUAAUAUGCGAAGCUACUGUCUUCACGACUUUUACAGUAAUGUACGAAGGUACUGGAUACAUGACGUGUGUUAGUCACUUGUUAUACCCAUUUUUGACGACUCUCACCGCAAGAUUUUUAUUCUAUCAGAAGAUAAAACUUAACUACUUUGCUGGCUUAUCUAUCUUGGGCUUUGUAAUCGGAUAUGCUAUCUAUUUGAUUAGUAAUUUGCGGAAAAACGAGUUCAGAAAGAAUCCAGUUUCGCCGAGAGUACCUUAUUCGGAAACCAUCCCGACGUCACGUGGAAAGAGGUUGAUGUUUGCCGGCUUAUGGGGUUAUGUGAGACAUCCCAAUUAUUUGGGUGACAUUCUAAUACAGUGGUCUAUCGCGAGUAUUGGCUGGGCAUACGACAUUCUGCCGUACUACAUGGCGAUCUGCUGCACGUUAGUGCUCGCUUACAGAGCCGUGAGAGACAAUAAGCGCUGUCAGAUGCGCUAUGGAUAUGCAUGGGAACAAUAUUGUUCGCGUGUGAAGUACAUGAUACUGAAGCCUGUAUUUUAAGGCAACAGAACGCGUAGCGUGGUAUUUUUCAAUACCAAAUUCUAUAUCAGAGUUUUAUCGCAGAAGGUAACGCUCAUUACAUUUUAUAGGAUCUCUAAUCUUGUGCAUUUCAUUAUAUUUUUAUGAGAUAGUGAUAUAGUAGAGUAUUAUGAAGUACACAAAAAUGUAGAAUUGGAUAAGAGCCAAAAAUAUUUUGAUAAUAUUGAGAGAUUUCACAUUGGAGAAAGAGAGAGAUAUAUAUAUUUAAGUUCAUAUUAUGAAUCUCCAUACAUGUGAUGAGAAGCGAACAUGACGAUGCUGCACGUUUUGAUAAAGAGAGGAAAAACUUGUGUAUUUUUAGGAUAAGUAUAUAUACAUAUAUUUUACUUGUUAAGAGUAUGUGCCUGUAAUAUCGAGCAUUACAAACUUAAAAAUACAAAUUAUGUAAGAAAUUUUAUACUUUUAUAUAUUAGACAUGCAUAAGUGUACAAUUCAUCAUAUGAUUAUUACAGAGAUUAUUAUAAGCAAUUUCCUUAAAAGACAUUCACUUUUUUUAAAUAAAAUAUAUUACAAUCUAUUUUCUUGUGUUUAUCUUGUAAUUUUAAUGUAGAGCUGUUUUCGACAUAGACUUGUAGUCAUAUUUUUGGACUCUAUGAAGUCUAUAAUAGUUUACAUAUAGCCAUAUUUUUGGACUAGAAGUCUAUAUUAGGAGCCAUAUAUGAAGCAAUCUUACAGGAUUGUUGCUCUAAAUUUCUAAAUUGAAUUAUAUAUAACAAGUUACUGUUAGGAGAAAGCCACAAGGCAAGAGAAAAGUGGUCACAAAUA